ACGCCAGCCUUGCAGAUUCCAUCCUCGACGACCGACAAACAAGGCCAUUGCCGAGCGACACAAUGGCGGACACGAGCGAUACCUUUUACAUGAGAUACUACUCCGGCCACUCUGGACGCUUUGGUCAUGAGUUUCUCGAGUUCGACUUUCGCGUAGUCGGCGACGGCCGUAGUGCGAUCGCGCGGUACGCCAACAACUCGAACUACCGAAACGACAGCUUGAUCCGCAAAGAGAUGUGUGUCAGCUCGCUUGUUAUCGAAGAGAUCAGGCGCAUCAUCAAGUCAAGCGAGAUCAUGAAGGAAGACGACUCAAAGUGGCCGCAGAAGAACAAGGACGGGCGCCAGGAGCUCGAGAUUCGUCUUGGAAAUGAUCACAUUUCGUUCGAGACGGCCAAGAUUGGCUCCCUCGUGGAUGUGACCGAAUCGGCGGACCCCGAAGGCCUGCGUGUCUUCUACUAUCUGGUGCAGGACCUCAAGGCGUUGGUAUUCAGCCUAAUCGCCCUUCACUUCAAGAUUAAGCCGAUCUAGACGGGGUGCAGUGCGACGGACAAAAGAAGGGCGACGCGGAAACAAAAAUGAUACCCCAGACGAAGAGCUGGAUCCGAGUAUUAGGCAUCAGGAGCGGUGAGCGGUGAGCAGCCGACCUCCAGGCACUCCAAAGACACCUCUGACGAGAUAUCUUGCGUGACUCUCUAUCAAGACAGGGGGAGACGCAGUAUGAAUGAACGAAACCUUUACAUUUGAUGGAAG